GAAUUCUUAAAAAUAUAUGCUUUUUAACUUCCGUCACGGCCACGUGGAGCGCUGAAUUGAGCGGGCUGCUUGAAGUUUGAAAUAUUACACAAAACUGGUUCUCCCACUACAAUGUUCUGGAGAUUAUCUUACGAAGUUCACCCAUGUCGUAUUCUCGAGGUUUAAGCGGGUCUUAGCAGAUCUCUGUACUCGGGAGACUCGCUUCUUAAUAGAUACAAAGAGUAAAUAUUGAGAACGUAAUCACGAAGUGUAAAUAAUUUUUCCCUAUCUUAUAACUGUUCCCCAACAUAGAGGAGCUGUUAAAUGCGUAACUAAUGAAAGUUUAAUCCUCCAAAGUUAAUCCGAAAAUAAUCUGUUUCAAUUAAAGAAGUUAGCUAGUAUUAUACGAUAUUCAUCCUUAUUAUUUUUAAAUAUAUGUGAUAAUGUAAAAAGUAAACCUUAUAAAAGUAAAAAUGAUUAAAAUUGAAUUAACAAUUCACUGAGUACUUUUAAUCAGUAAUUGAAAAUUUAAGUUGUUUUAAUUCUCUUAACAAAAUUGGACUGAUACGAAUGAUUGAAGAUUAAAGAUGAGUGGAUAUAAUUCUUUAGCAGGUUGUCACAAUCGAAGUGAAAAAUAUAGCUUAAGACCACGCAUUGGAGAUCGUACAAAAUUGAAAAUUGAACCAGAUAAAGGGAAGUGCGUUUUGGCUGGUACGAAUAACUCCUCCAGUUUCCAAACUAGUAAAAUGAACAUCAAAGAUAAUGCUAAACAAAAACCAGCAUUGUUGAGUAAGUACAGAAGAAAAACAGCAAACGCUAGAGAACGUUCAAGAAUGCGUGAAAUCAAUUUGGCGUUUGAAACAUUAAGGAAGGCCGUACCGUCUUACAUGCCUCAAUUAUUUUGUCCAGGUGACGGAUCCAAUGAAAAGCUGACAAAAAUUACGACGCUCCGUCUAGCUAUGAAGUACAUAACAAGGCUUACUGAAUUAUUACAUAAUGAUGAAUCCUACAUCACGGACGAAUGUGCUGAACUUAUGGAGCAGCAUCCCAUCAUUUUUCGUGAGACUGACACAUGCACACUCACUGCAUUGAAUUAUACAUCUACCUAUGACGUUCUUAACUCGCGUAAAUAUCUCAAUGAUGGUGGUAGUGAUGGAGAAAGUUUACAUUCAGGAUCAGCGACAAUAGACAACAUAUUUGAGAGCUUUACCGAAACUUUGGUGCCGGAUGUGAAUUUUGACUUUACAGAAAGUUUUUUCAAUCCAGAGCUGGGUUAGGUCAUUAAAAACUUCAGUAAUUGUAUACACGAAAAUGAAAAUACAACGCAAACGAGUAAAAGAUAUAUUCAGCACACGAUAUGAUAUAUAUUAUCAACUUACAAUUAAUGAAGGAAAAAUCUGCGUAUUUGAGAGUGAUAAGUAAAAUACUUGAACUUGAACCAGUUGUGCAAUUAGAGAGAUACUUUAUGUUGAUGGAAUUAUUUGUAUGAUACGAAUCAGCUCACACUGAUGUCCGUGUAUAACAUAAUUAUAUAUCAUGCAUAAUAUUGCUCCAAGACUAACAAAAUCGCAAUAAAUAAUAUUUGUAAUUAAAGACGAAGACUGUCUGUCUAUUUAUUUAUAAUAUUGCCAGUAGAUAUUUUAUAGCAUUACCCGAAUAAAGCGAGUAUUUUUUACAUAUAUGUGUAGGUAUGUAAAUUUACACCAAUGCAUUUAUAUGUACAUCACAUAUGCAAAGCUGCCGCGCCAAUUCGCCCACACAAACCAGUUUUACCUGUGCACUUUAUACUUCUUAACACUGGAUAUAUAAAAGAACACCACGUACGUUAUCAUAAAGUAACAUUUUUCGACACUGUAAUGUGAAGC